AUGGAUCAACUUCGAAAAGACGGCUGGUACAUCAACGAGUCACAAACCUCGCAGCUCUUCGACGAUGAGCUCCUACCGAAAAAUGGCUCGGAAAUUGAAAAAGUGAUUCUCAACGAGGAUCUGCGAAAUUUCGGUGAAGCAAGUAUAAUAAAUUUGCUCAAAAAGGAAGAUUUCGUAUUCGAAGGCCCGUGUGUCCUCCAACUACUUCGUUAUCGAAAUGUGUCAGUGCCACGUAUCAAGGAAGAGCUCAAUCAGACAGAUCCGGCUCACUCAAUAAUUCGUCUUUUCUUCACCGAUGGACAUUCUUCAAUUUCGGCGCUUUUGCUUCAGUCGAUUCCUGGAAUCACUUCAGACACACCACCAGGAACCAAGAUUUUGAUAUUGGGAAAAGUUGAUGUUGAAGGAGGAUUUUUGAUUUUGGGGAAGAAGGAUAUACGGAUUUUGGGUGGAAAGGUUGAUGAGAUGAUUGAGAAAUGGAAUGUGGAAAAGAGUUCGGUUAGAGCUGGUGGAUUCAAGUCAAGUGUUGGGAAAGGAACCGGUGCCCCAAAAUGGAUAUCCUUUGGAAAACGUGGACAGAAAGGUCAACUGGAGAAGGGAUUUAAGGCGAAUAGUGUGAUGCCAAAAACUCAAAAAGAAGGAGAAGACGCUGACGAUGAUUUCUCGAAGAAUCGAGCUGAAAUCCUAAAGGAUUUGGAUUCCGACACGGCGAAGACAUUCGCAAAACCGAAUCUUGCUCCACCACCAGUAAAAGCUCCAGCUCCACCGAAAGAGCGGCGAGUUCCGGCCGCCAGGCCGGCCCGAAAAGGCCGCGGCCGGAAGAAUAGUGAAGAUGGGCCGGACGUGGAUGUUGGAGAGUACGCGAAUCACAAGCCAAGUGGGCCGGCGACACUUUUCGAUUUUAUCGGUGGAGGAGCCGGAGCCGGAGCAUCUGAGAAGGCUGUGGAGCUUCUUCCUCCGCAAAAUGUACAGCAUUUGACUGAAAAAAUGGGAAAAUUGAAUGUGAAAAAUUCGGAGAAUUUCAAAUAUCCAGGUGCAGGUGGUAGGCGAGAUCAGCGACCAGCAGCAGCCCGUGACGAUAACCGUGGCCCGAAAAAUUCUGCUCCGCAAAAUCAGCGCCCAGCAGCAGCCCGUGACGGUAACCGUGGCCCGAAGAAUCCUGGCCCACAAAAUAGAGCAGCCGACUAUUUUCGAGAUCGCGAUCGUCAGCAGCGUCCGAGCACAGGCUCAGUAGGCCAGCAGCCUAGAGAAGUAUCUAGAAAUUUCCAGAAUUCGCCUAGAAGCUUCAAUCAAAAUUCGAAUCAAGGGCAUCCACGUGGAAAUCAGAAGAGUUUCCAGCAAGGAGCGCCUCAUCAGACGCCACGUGGAAAUCAAGGGAACUUCCAGCAACAAGGCCCGCCACGUGGCACCGGAAACUAUUUCUUCCAGCAGGGACCUCCACGUGGCGGCCAAUUUCACGGAGGAUCUCAACAGGGACCACCACCACCACCACCAUCACAGCAUCAUCCACGUGGCUUCCAACAACAGGCUCAACAAAAUCCACCACCACGUGGAAAUAAUCAAGGGCAAUCCUAUCAUGGAGCUCCACGUGGAAUGGGAAAUUUCGGGCAUCAAGAGCCGAGAAAUGUUCAACAAUCCCACCAACAACAGACCGGUGGCCCCCAAUGGCGUGUCGGAGCUCAGUGCCUUGCCACGUGGACCGACGGCAAUCUCUAUCCGGCGACCGUGACCGAGCUUCUGCCGAAUCGCACGGCCAUCGUUCGAUACAACGAGUACGGAAAUAUGCACACAAUUCCUGUCGAUUUUUUGAUUAUUCCAUAGCUGUGUGUUAUGUAUUUUUACACUAAAAAGUUCAAAAAUGUCUCAAGUUUAGAAAAAAUCACAAUUCUCUCCAAAAUGUGCACUACAACCAAUCAGCGAUUGGCUCCGCCCACUUUUGGACCAAUCAGCGGAUUUUUGUGUUUUUUUCUGAAUUUGGGAACUUUUUUGGACUUUUUUUAAAAUCAAAAUCCCUAUUACUCCACGUUUAGGCAUAAAAGAAUUUCAUAAAGGAAUCAUAAAGUUUGGAAGACG